AUGGUUAAUGUGAAUUCGCCAAGAAAAGAUUUAUCAAUUUUGGCACAAUGUAUGAAUCCGGUUGAAGAGGAGAUUCCAGAAGAACAAGUGUUUCAUCCAGAUUCGGUCAUGUUACCACCAGUAUCUGCUGUCCCAUUCGACUACUACCCAUAUUCUCCAAGAUAUAAGUAUCCUGAAGUAACAUGUAGUUAUCCAUUUGUAUCUUCUCCACCAUAUGUAGUACAUUAUAUGUCAAAUUUGGGAAUACCAAGCUUCUUUCAGCAAUUAGAUAUUAGUGUUGAACAAAGAAGAAAUGUUUUCCAAAGAAAUUAUGGUAAAAACAGAAUAAUGCAAUUAGAAAAGGGAGAAGAAAACUUUGGUAAAUACUGGACUGAAACUCAACCAUCACGCCCAUUAGGAUGUAUGGGGUAA